AUGGAAGCGCCAAGGUAUACGGCCACACGACUCUGUCUCCAUUGUGAGAAGAGAUUUCCCAUUGCAGGUGGCUCUUUCACAAAACACGAGUCCAACUGCGUUCGGAAUCAGGAAGAGGAGAGAGAAGCCGCUGUUUUUACCCUGGAACUAAACCGGAACGAGAGGCCCAGGAGAGCGAGCAAAGAAAGACAUCAGGAAUCCCAGGUGCCGUCGAGAAAGUUUCACUCGAUGAGUGGGAUGUUGGAAGAGACGGGGGAGGAUGCGACUCUGGGACUCGAGACUGGCGAUGGGCUCGAGGAUGGGGAAUUAUUACCAACUCAAGACCCUUAUGUACAAGUCACACCUCACCCCCGUGGUGGGCAACGGCCCUAUGUGCUAGGCCUUGUACAUCCACCGGAUGAGCCAAUCUUAGGGAGUCAACUGUUAAUCCCCCCAUAUGCACCAUUUCCAUCGGAAGCCGACUUCUAUUUCAUCUCAAGCCGUGUUCAGCGCACUCAUCCAACGGGGAUAUCGACUUCGACCUCAAAAAUAUGCGGAAUGGAAAGUGGUGUGACACUUGUCACCUCACUCUCAAGGAUACAGCCACCACAACACCCCUAUGGUCUACCGGCCGGAUCUGCACAACAGACCCCCACUGCAUCCAGGAGUGAGAACCGCCUACCACUGUUAGCUACUCCUGAAGAGAUGGCCAAAAGCAUUGCUUCUCUUCAGCAAAAGCUAAGCGAGACUGAAAAGCGUUGUCAAGCAGCAGAGGAGGAGCUACAAUUUCUCAAGAAUGGGAGAGGGAACAAGUCUACAGAACAAGAUACGACUGUGCUGCGUCCCGAUAGCCUCUUGUCAGCAAUAAAUAUCCCUGUAGACUAUGCAUCUGGCUCGGG